AUGAGCGCUUCUCGGUUCAUCAAGUGCGUGACGGUGGGGGACGGCGCCGUCGGCAAGACUUGCCUCCUCAUCUCCUACACAUCCAACACCUUCCCCACCGACUAUGUCCCAACAGUCUUCGACAACUUCAGCGCUAACGUCGUGGUUGACGGGAGCACCGUCAACCUCGGAUUAUGGGAUACUGCAGGACAAGAGGACUAUAAUAGACUACGCCCACUAAGCUACCGAGGUGCCGAUGUCUUCCUGCUCGCCUUCUCUCUUAUCAGCAAAGCAAGCUACGAGAAUAUACUUGUGUUAAUUCGAAAACUUGAGAUCCUUAUAAUUAAUGUUGAAUUCCCUGGUGUGAAAUUAAGACUUGAUAUGAUGAUAUUCGGGUUAUCUCUGAUAAAGUCCAUAUUCUUUGGCUCAAGUCCAAUAUACCGAGAUCUGCGGGAUGACGAGCAGUUUUUCGUGGAUCACCCUGGAGCUGUUCCUAUUUCCACCGCUCAGGGUGAAGAGCUGAAGAAGGUAAUUGGCGCGACGACCUACGUCGAGUGCAGCUCAAAAACACAGCAGAACAUCAAGGCGGUGUUUGAUGCGGCGAUCAAGGUGGUUCUCCAGCCUCCGAAGCAGAAGCGGAAGAAGAGGAAGUCGCAGAAAGGAUGCAGCAUCUUGUAA